AGCAGCGGGGGCGCAACUCCCACCGCCUCCUCCUCCUCCUCGCCUGCCUGCCUGCCUGCCUGCCCUCCGGCCGGGGCGGCGCGGGAUGCCAAGAUGCCCCCGGCGGGCGCGGCCGUGCUGCUGCUGCUGCUGGCGCUGGGGCUGGCGCUGAUGCCUCGGGCGCUGGGCUGGCCGGGCCGGGGCUCUGCGGCCGCUUCGGAGCGGGCGGCGCUGGCGCGGGAGCGUUUCAAGGUGGUCUUCGCGCCGCUCAUCUGCGAGCGGACCUGCCAGAAGGGUCGCUGCCGGGACAGCUGCAAGCCGGGCAGCAACAUGACCCUCAUCGGGGAGAACGGGCACGCCAUGGACACGCUGACCGGCUCCGGGUUCCGAGUGGUGGUUUGUCCUUUGCCCUGCAUGAACGGCGGUCAAUGCACAUCUGGCAACCACUGUCUGUGCCCCCCGGAAUUCACCGGCCGCUUUUGCCAGGUGCCCGUGAAUCGCCAGGGGCAGCAGGCGCGCCCCCACAGCGAUGGGUCCCCUAUGGAGACAGGUUCCAGCAAACACGCCAUUUACGCCGUCCAGGUCAUGUCUGAUCAUCACAGUGACAGCCCUUCGGGGCCGAGUUCAAAAAGCACCGUGAGCCAUUCCACCUUUAUGGUUCCCCUGGGACAUCACUCCUCCGAAGUUCAGAUGCAUCAACCGUUGGUCAACGUCCGUGUCCAUCACCCGCCGGACGCCUCCGUGAAGGUCCACCGGAUCGACAGCCUCAGCUCAGAGGGGAGCGGGCCAGGCGGGGCCCACCAUCUAAUCCAGCACCCGGCUCCGAAACCGGCCUACACUCGUCCCCCGGCCCAGAAACCUCUGGGGCGCUGUUUUCAAGAGACACUGCCCAAGCAGUCGUGUGGGAGCAACCCGCUUCCGGGUCUCACGAAGCAGGAAGAUUGCUGUGGCAGCAUCGGCACCUCCUGGGGCCAGACCAAGUGCCACAAAUGCCCCCAUCUGCAGUAUCUGGGUGUGCAAAAGACGAUGGGGAGCGAUUGUCCACAGGGAUACAAGCGACUCAACAGCACUCACUGCCAGGACAUCAAUGAGUGUGCCAUGCAAGGCGUGUGCCAAGGAGGAGAGUGUUUGAACACCCAAGGAAGCUUCCGCUGCGCAUGUAAACCGGGACAUGUUUUGGGACCUUCACGCACUCACUGUGUCCCAGAGAAAGCUGGGGAGAGGAGUCUGUGUUUCCGGCUGGUGAGUCCCGAGCAACAGUGCCAACAUCCGCUGUCCACCAAGCUGACCCGCCAGACGUGCUGCUGCAGUGUGGGCAAAGCCUGGGGCGUCCAUUGCGAGCGAUGUCCGGCCGACGGAACGGUGGCGUUCCGAGAAAUCUGCCCUGCGGGGAGAGGCUACCACAUCCAAACCUUGCACCAAACUCUGACCAUCCAAGGAGAGAGUGAUUUCCUACUCCAUAUCCACCCGGAUGCUACUAGCGACUUGCCACAACUGCGGCCGGAGCCCCCCACCCCUCCCGUCAUGGACAGCGAUUCCCAGGAAGCAGAAGCUGUGACUCCAGCGACGUUGCCCAGAGAAACGACGGUUUCAGAAGAGCAGGGAGUAUUUUUCGGCAACACCCCAACUUUGGGUCCUCGGUACCCCGUGGUGAUCACGAAGCCCACCGUCGCGGUCGUGGUGAAGUACCCCGAAGAGGAACGAAUGGAUGAAUUUUACAUGCCCCCAACUCAAGAGACAGAGGUGGACAUUUGCAAGUUGAACCGUAACAUCUGUAGCCACGGUGAGUGCAUCCCGACCAGAUCCGGAUUCACCUGCCAGUGUUACCAAGGUUAUCGGUGGCAUCCUCAGCACAGGUAUUGCGUAGAUGUAAACGAGUGUGAACUGGAGCUGUGCGGUAACGGCAAAGGUGUCUGCAUGAACACUGGCGGGUCGUACAAUUGCCACUGCAACCGAGGCUACCAGCUGAAAGUACAGAAGGGGGUCAGAUCCUGCACAGAUAUCGAUGAAUGCGCCCGGCCCAACAUCUGCGGAGACGGCGGUUCCUGCAUCAACUUCCCAGGACACUACAAAUGUGACUGCCAUCCCGGAUAUCGGCUGAAGCCCUCCCGGCAGCCGCUGUGUGAGGAUGUCGACGAGUGUCUUGAUCCUGGAACUUGCCCUGAGGGGAGAUGUGAAAAUAAACCUGGCAGUUAUAAAUGUAUCCCGUGCCAGCCAGGCUUCCGGGCCCAAAAUGGCAUCUGUUAUGAUGUGGACGAGUGCGCCGAGGAUGUUUCCUGCAAACACGGCUGGUGCGAGAACAUGGCUGGCUCCUUCCGCUGUUCCUGCGGUGAAGGCUUCACGCCUACCGCUGAUUUCCGCAGCUGCGUCGACGUCAACGAGUGCCAGAACGGUUCGCUGUGUGCCCACGGAGUUUGUGUGAACACGCUGGGGUCCUUCAAGUGUCAGUGUCCGGCUGGUUUCCAGGCAGUGAAGGAUGGGCCACGCUGCAAGGAUGUGAACGAAUGCGAGUUUCCCGCCGCCUGCAUUGGGGGCGAGUGUGUAAACACCGUGGGCUCCUACCAAUGUCUUUGCCGGACGGGAUACCAGUUGGAAAGGAAUAGAAAGUGCCAAGACAUCGACGAGUGCGCGCGAGAUCCUGACCUCUGCCAGCCCCACGGGGCGUGCGAGAACACCGCGGGCUCCUUCGUGUGCGUGUGUGACGAGGGAUUCACGCUUGCCAAAGACCAGCAGAGUUGCGAAGAGCUGCCCCACCAUAAAAAGGAGUGCUACCUGAACUUCGAUGAUAGCGUGUUUUGCGAUAGCGUGCUCGCCACCAACGUGUCUCGCCAGGAGUGCUGUUGCUCCCUCGGGGCCGGCUGGGGAGAUCAUUGCGAGAUCUAUCCGUGUCCCGUUCUCAACUCGAUUGAGUUCCACACUUUGUGCCCAGACGGAAAAGGGUUCAUCCUGGAUGAGAGCAUCCUGAACUAUGGCAUUCCAACGCAUCGAGACAUCGAUGAGUGCUCCCUGUUUGGCGAAGAGAUCUGCAAGGAAGGGAAAUGUGUGACACCCAGCGGGGGCUACGAAUGUUACUGCAAGCAGGGCUUCUACUACGACGCCCUCUUGGAUUAGUGUGUCGAUGUGGAUGAGUGUUUGGACGAGUCCAAUUGUGUGAACGGACGCUGCGAAAACACUCGGGGCAGCUUCCGCUGUGCCUGCCCGGCCUCCACCACGUACGAUCCGGCCCAGAAGAAUGCGUUCCGACCAGCAAAAUUGGUGAGCGCUUGCGAGGACAAAGUGACUGAUCGACGGGACGUCUGCUGGCAACUCCGGGGGGAAGACGGGAUGUGUUCAUCACCGUUCGGUGGCCAACAGUUGACAUACGAGGAGUGCUGCUGCCGUCACGGCAAAGGGUGGGGUUACCAGUGCCACGCCUGCCCGCCACGCAGCCCAGGUUCCAACUGCCAAUCUGCUCCAAGCGAAAGCAAUUCUUUCUGGGACUUCAGUACCCCGUUCGGGGAGGUGCAUAAAGAGGCCGACAGUUCAGAAGAGGAUUCGGACGAAUGCCGCUGCCUGAAUGGGCGCUGUGUCCGCACCCAGCAGGGUUCUGUGUGCGAAUGUCCCACAGGCUUCCAGCUGGACGGCACUCGCACCCGCUGCCUAGAUAUCGACGAGUGCCAGGAGCUAAAUCAACGAGGACGGCUCUGUAAAACCGAACGUUGUGUGAAUACCAGCGGCUCCUACUUCUGCACCUGCAAAUCCGGCUACUCGCGGUCCUGGCCGCGCGGAAUCUGCAUUCCUCAACGAUAGCGUGUCGUACCGACCACAGCAUGGAAAGGGGGGGGACGUGGCCAUCCACGAAUGCCACACACACACAUCCCCACCCCUGGCCGCGGUGAGCUUCUCCUCGCGGUCCACCGUCGGAAACUGGAUCCUGGUUUGAAAGAGACUUUGUCUAAAUUCACCAAGACGGUUCUCACUUUAUUAUAUGGACCUUUUUAAAAAAAAAAAAAAAAAGUUGUACCAGCUACUAAGAGGGGCAUUGAUUUUGCUGUAGAAUUUUAUACCUAUUCGCGUUUUCUGUUCUUUUUUAACCCGCUGGAUUCUUAGGGUUUUGUUUUUGUUUUUUUUUAAAAAAGAAAAACGGUUUGCACUUGUUUCUAUAGGAUUCAGAAAUAAUAAUAAAAGAAAUUUUCCUUUUGUACAUAGUAAGACAUUGGUGGAAGGAGAAAUAAAAGACGGGAAUUUCAAAAUUAAUCUGCUCAUUAAAAAUGGGAAAUUG